AUGGCACCUCGUUCAACAGCUCAAAAGAGGUUAUUGAAAGAGUAUCAACAGCUUGCAAGGGACCCACCCCCGGGAAUAGUUGCUGGACCAAUUUCAGAGGAUGAUUUGUUUAAAUGGGAAUGCUUAUUGGCAGGUCCACCGGAUACCCCAUACGAAAACGGAGUGUUCCCAGCUAGCUUAACCUUUCCAAAAGAUUAUCCGUUGAGUCCACCUACUCUAACGUUUGACCCACCAUUAUUGCACCCAAAUAUCUAUGCGGAUGGUACGGUUUGUAUAUCCAUAUUGCAUGCUCCGGGAGAAGAUCCAAACCAAUAUGAACGGCCAGAAGAGAGAUGGUCUCCGGUGCAAAGUAUAGAGAAAAUAUUGUUGAGUGUGAUGUCGAUGCUAGCAGAACCAAACCCAGAAAGUGGUGCUAACAUCGAUGCGUGUAAGUUAUGGAGAGAUAAUAGGGUUGAGUACGACAGACAGAUCAGAGAUCAUGUAAGAAAGACUUUAGGCUUGUGA